AACUGUUAAGAGAGGAAAGUAAUGUCCUGGAAGAAGCCUUCAAAGAACAAGGAAUACAAAGAAAUAUCUAAUGAAAUAACAGCCAACUUGGCCGUUAUUUCUAGGAGAUUUUUGGGCGUCAUCACAAAGCGUGUCUGAGCAAAGAAAGUGUCGGGAAUUGUGAAAUUAGAAGCUGAAUUGUGCCAAUACAGAUAUCAUUUGAAGAGGAAAAGCUGCGGAAUGGAAGGCUCGAGUUCGAGAGACAAGAGAAAACAUCAGGAAUCUUCCCAGGAUCACUUUGUGUGCGCGCGCAAGAAAAUGUGGUUAUAUCGGGAGAAUGAAACGCUUUGCGACGUGAUUCUGAUCGCUGGAGAAGAUAAAAUCUCCGCCCAUCGUAAUGUCCUGUCAGUGGCUUCUGAUUACUUCGAAGCAAUGUUCACGGGAGACUUCCGGGAGUCUCGGGAAGAAGAAGUGACUCUGGACGAGAUUCCGGGAGACGAUCUUCGGCGUCUGGUGAAGUUCUGCUACACAGGAGAAUUAGAACUGAGCGAGGAAAGUUCUGUGGAAUCCGUGAAGACGCUCAUGAGCUCGGCAAAUCUCCUUCAAUUGAAAAGCGUGGUAAAAGCUUGCGGUGCUUUCCUGGAACGUCAUCUCAGUCCCUCAAACUGGCUGGGAAUCGCUGAGUUUGCUGAUCAGCACAGUUAUGACGCUCUUCUUGAAGCGGCAAGGAAGUACGCAAACCAGCAUUUUCUCGAAGUGUGCAAGGAGCCGGAGUUCCUUCAGAUCUCCGCCAAACAACUGGGCAAAUUGCUGGCCAGCGAUGAUCUCAACGUGCCAUCUGAGGAAGACGUUUUCCGUGCGUUGCUGGCGUGGUUUCAGCGCGCUUCUGAGGAGCGGAAGAAUUACAUUCCCGAUCUUUUGGUGCUCAUUCGACUUCACCAUCUUUCUCCCGAGUUUAUCGUCGAUCAGGUGAAGCCGCUGUGCGAGAGCACGAAUUGCCUGGAUUUGGCGAUGAAAGCUUUUGAGUGGAAACUCAUUCCGGAACGCCGUGAUCUGAUGCCCAACCAGAAGUCUCGUCGAUCAGGAAAAGAAAAGUUGUUGGCUGUGACUACGGAUAGUUUCAGGAAUCCUUAUGUCCUCAGAUUGUAUUGUCCUGAAACCAAGCAGUGGACAAUUGAGACGGAAUUUGUGAUCGGUCGGUAUGAUUGUAUAACAGUUCUUGCGAACAACAAUAUAAUUUUCAUUGAAGGGUAUGAAGGAGGAGUUUCAAAGAAAGUGGACAGUUUUGAUAUCAAAACCAAGACAGUAAAAUCCCUCUCACCGAUGAAUUACAAACGCCGUUUCUGCUGUGCUGCAGUUCUGGAUGGAUUUCUCUAUGUGUUUGGUGGCGAAGAUAGUAAAAACAGUUUCCUGAACACAGUGGAGCGAUUGGAUCUGAGCAACGGAAUCUGGAACAUGGAAACUCCGAUGCAGACUAAGCGAUACGACGCUGGAGCCGCAGCCUUCGAAGGACGAUUGUUCGUGAUCGGCGGAUUCAAUGAGAAGAAUCAAUGUCUUAAUUCUGUUGAGCGUUACGAUCCGCAAACGAAGAGGUGGAGCUUGAUGGCUCCCAUGGUGAAACGACGAUAUCAUCCUGGAGUGACAGCAACCAGAGACUACAUCUAUGCUUUCGGCGGGAAAGACCACGAGAAUAGAGAGUUAUCAUGCGUGGAGAGAUACGAUCCCAGGGCAAAUUUGUGGACUAUCGUGGCGACGCUCAAUAUUUCUGGUCGGAUUAGAUCUGUUCUUGUGGGAGAGAAAAUUCUAUGUGCUUCAAUGCGUUCAAGGGUAAUUAGAAUUGCAACUUUAGAAAGUUUUAACUUGUAAUAAUUUGUUUUUUUUUAUUCGUUUUAUAGAAAGUUGUGCAAUUCGAUCCGGAAAACAACACUUCGACUGAAUUUGCGCAAUUGGAUUUUCCAUCAGUCCAUUAUUUGGAAAAUCUUUUUUACAACACUGACAACUGAUGCGCUCAACAAGCACAAUAUUCCCUCGAACCUCUCAAAGAUAUCUAGAAUGGUGAUUUGGCAUCACGUGAAAAUCCUAGAUUUCCACUGAAUUUUCCACUCAUUUCCUAAAUAUUCGAUAGAAAACACAAGAAGCUGCGGAAGGUGAAAGUUUAAAGAUAAUCUUGCAAAAUAACUGCAAAUAUUCCUUGAAAUUUGGAGUGAAAUUAAAAUUGGAAUUCUGUUGAAAGAGAAAUAAAAAUGUUGCGAAGAAGCGUUAAAAACAAAACAGGAAAAAAAACAUCUAAACUUAUUUAACACAAACAAUUCUCGUUUCGUCGAAAACUUCCACCAGAUUUUCCAUAAGAAUUUUCCUAUGUGGAAAAAUAAUUCAAAAAUUGCCAUUGAAGAUUCUCGAAAGUUAUUAAUCUGCAGAAAUUUUAGCAAAAAAAAAAUCUCAUAAUCUGGAGGGAAAAAUGUGCGUUUUUGGUCCUUGAGUUUUCGAAGUACGGAAAGAUCAUCCUUUUGUCCACCUUGAAUGAAUGAAUGAAUAGUUUAUUAUGUUACUUGUCCACCUUGA